AUGUCUAAAUAUGUAUUUGGUUUUUACUUUCAGAAUGACGUUGCCGAUACGUGUCAUUUGCGCAUUGUUGUGAUAAAUGGAAAAUCGUUGGCGAAAAAAGAUAUUUUUGGUGCUAGUGAUCCCUACGUAAGAAUUGAUUUGAACACAAUAAAUGGUGAUAUUAAUAUUGAUUCGGUCUUAACAAAGACCAAAAAAAAAACCCUAAAUCCCACUUGGAAUGAAGAAUUCGUAUUCAGAGUAAAGCCAUCAGAACAUAAAUUAGUGUUUCAAGUUUUCGAUGAGAACCGUUUGACGCGAGAUGAUUUCCUAGGUAUGGUCGAAUUAACUCUGGUCAAUUUACCAACAGAACAAGAAGGACGCACUAUUGGACCACAAAGUUAUGCGCUUAGGCCGAGAAGGUCAGUAGGCGCUAAGUCACGUAUAAAAGGCACUUUAGAAAUUUAUCAUGCAUUCAUACAUGAGACAAGAGAAAAUGCCGAAACAAAUGCUGAAAAUGAAUGGGAGCAUGUGGAGGAUGUCUCACUUAAUGGCGCAACACAAACAGUUAAUCCAUUUACAGCAAAUGGUGGUCAAGAUCCUUUACCAGUUGGUUGGGAGGAACGUCAAGACGCUAAUGGUCGCACAUAUUACGUGAACCAUACAGCACGCACCACACAAUGGGAAAGACCAACCACAUUAACAAUCAAUAACGCGAAUGUGAAUGUAGAACAAGCAGCAUCAGAUUUCCAAAGACGUUUUCAUAUAAGUGUGGAUGACUCCGAAACAGGCAGAGCGACGGAUACCAUCAGUCAGUGUAGUCUAGAGGAAAACACAAUCUCAAGAACCCAAUCAUUAACAUCAUUAAAUUCAAACAGUUCGAACAAUUUUAAUAAUAACAGUAACAGUAGUCACAGUGAUAAUGACAGCAACAACAAUAACAACAACAACAACUCAAACAUGGAUUAUGAAAGUUUUGUUUACAAUUCACUAAGACAUCCGACUAAUAGGUCUCAAAUCUCUGCAACUAGCUUACAGACUGAUCUACGCCCAGUGCGGCAGGCACCUGGAGUACCCACUGCUCUAUCGAGACGAGCAAUGACAAAUUUGCGUAACCGCAAUAACAUGGAACGCCAACAAUCACAGCAAUCACAUUUUGGUGAACAUAUUUCAACAGACAUUUUUGGCAGUCGGCAGACCUCAAGAGAAGCGAAUGAAGAUAGUGAUCAACCUGAUAGUGGUAAUCGUUCUGAAACAUCAGCAUCAUCAACAAGAAGAAAUUCCGUGGAAGAUAACGCAGCCGUAACAGAACAAAAUUUAAAUGUUGAUGAAGAACCUUUGCCUCCACGGUGGUCGAUGCAAGUUGCGCCGAAUGGACGUACCUUCUUCAUUGAUCAUGCAGCUCGUCGUACAACUUGGAUUGAUCCACGCAAUGGUCGAGCUAGUCCUAUGCCAAAUCAAACUAGACGUGUCGAAGACGACUUGGGACCGUUGCCAGAAGGUUGGGAA